UGCACAGACUACCUGCAGCACGAGGAGGUGCCACGAGCACCGAAGCGGCGUGUACAAAAACGGCGAGCAGGUUGGAGCAGCCCAUGAUCUGCAAUGUGCAACACGUCCUGUGCAUCAGGAAAAAAAAUAAGGUGUCCUGGGGCCACCAAGUGAUGCACCUGGUUCCUUGAAAUACCUCCAGCUCGCGCUCGCCUCCGUCACAUCAAGGCCCACGCAUGAGGCCCCGUUUCUACCACAAAGCCCGCCUUCGUGCAUUGCGUUCGAGGCCAGCAGUUCCCGGCCUUUUUUACUCGGGUCUUGGCCAAUCCUCCAUAGUGGGUACCAGUGAAACGUCCAGAAGACAAGAAAAAGAAGAAGACGAAGAAGAAGAUCGCGUGUCUGUACGCCAAACGCCUGCUCGGUAGACGCGUUCAAGCUACCAGUGGCGGCGCUGUUGUGAGGGGUUCGGCAUACCAAGGGUCUCUUUCACGAAACACCGCCUACGGUGAGGCAUGAAAGCUACCGCUGUAACCCCCACAGUUUUAAUAGAAUCACGUGACCACUCACCCGAAGACAGGAGGCGGUGCGAAAAGGGCGGACAAGACGAGAUCGCGCCCGAUCACGCCGGACCGGUGGCAACUCCAAGUUCACCGUUCUCCACAGGCAGAAAUGAGCUCGUCUCACAGGAUGGCCAGGACCGGGGGCUCGGGCUCUCAGUCAGAGACGGUUCCAAGCGCAGCUUUGGCAUUGCUCGACGUGGCCAGGGAGCAAAGCCCAGGCGACUGCACGACCCUUCUCCCGCUCGCUCUCCGCGUUCCGGCGCAUCGACUCCGGCCGAGCGAUCGCGUGAAAGCCAAUCCAAGACGAGUCGUCGCAGCAGGCUUAACAAAAGACGGGGCGCACGCGUCCAUUCGCCGAACAGAUCGAACCCGAGUUCGCUCCAGACGUCGCGGAGGGGCGCGAACCCCGAACGCGUGCUCGGUCCGUUUCUGGUUCGUUCGUGGAAACACAAGCCGAGUCCGACGAAAAACGCGCCCGCUUCGAACUUUGGCGGAAGCGGCCUUACGCCGCCUCCAUUACCGUUGGACGCGAAAGGGGGCGGUACGAGCACGGCCGUUUCUCCGGACACUGGGGCAACAGAAACGACAACAGCGCCAUCUCCAGCACAACGGGAAAAAACGGCGGCCACGCUUCUCAAGGCGAAGUCGCCGCAGUCGGCCCGCAGUCUCGACCCAGUGCUCAAGAACCUGCAAUGCAUCGCCAAGUGCGCCGUGGAGCUGUCGUUAGUGCUGGCCGCGGUUGGGACACUCAUCGUCUGGCUGCGCCACAACGCAGCGGCUUCGAUUACCGCCAGCCCGUGCUCCACGGUCGGUUGCAAGGCGCAGUCGUCCGAGUUCAACGGCACUCUCAACUACAGCGCCGACCCUUGCGUCGACAUGGACGCGUUCGUCUGCUCCAUGUGGCGCAGUCGCGGCUCCGGCGAAGACCGCAGUUCGUUGAGCCUGCUCGCCCACGUGAUCCGGGAGUACGAGGCGACCGUGGCAGAGAUCUUCUUGACGGGAAGGACCGAAUUUGCGGCAUCCAGGAUGGCGACGGACUUUUUGCGCAAGUGCACCCAGCGACAAGCUGCACCAUCUCUGGACAACUUCAAGCACUUCUUCGCGCUCAGUUCUCUACCGUGGCCUUUUGACGUCACGGAGAGUGUUGACACCGGUUUGCGCCCUUUGGAACGUGUCCUCAACCUAAGCCUGAUGUGGGAUAUCGACACGUGGUUCCGAGCCUACAUAAACUCAGCCCCAGCUUACGAGUCCAACACAACUGGGGUCCUAACGUUGUUUGUUGAGACCAGCGCGGAGCCGUCUGUGUGGCUCGACUUCGUGCGAUCUCUCGAGAUGACCCAGAGCCGAAUGCAUUACUACCGACGCAUGCAUGACGCCUACAACGGCACCCUUCCGGACAGCGCCGAGGUCGUCCGUCGACUCGCCAUCGAAAAGAAAAUCCUGUCCGUCCUGGACACCGUGCGGGCAUCGUGGACCGGCGCCAAAUCCGUGGUAACCAGCUUGCGCAAGAUCCUAACCGCCGUCCCCCACACGGAACUCUACGACUGGCUCGAACCAAUCAGGGCAGCCUCUGGCUCGAAGGCCGCUGACGUCAACGCCCUCGUGUCUGUGCAAGACGUGCGUUUGCUGCGGGCGGUUGACGAGUUGCUCUCGUCUCACAGCUCCCGACACCUGCUGGAACACUUGUCCUGGUGGCUGCUUCAGCGGCUGACCGUGAUUGGCUGGCCGCAGGCGUACGACGUCAUCGCCGGGAGCGAAACGGCUGCAAAACACGCAGUGAAGCUGGACUGCUACGAACUGGCAGCUACCAGGUUCGCUCUGCUCUUCGCAUCGGAGAGCGCCGUCCAGCUCUUCUCGGUUGAAACACGUCAUCGAGCCGAGGCAUUGCUCAGGGAACUGAUCUCCGACAUGGCGGACAUAGCUGGCAAGGCUGCCUGGCUGAGCGACAAGGCUAAAGCUGUCGUUCGGAAAACGCUUCUGGAAAUUGAAGUUGUACUGUGGCCUCCAGACUUGGCAGCGUCGAACGCGACGCUCUGGACGUUGUACUCCAACCUCGGCGUCCCUCGCGAGCCGGCAACCAACAAGAUGGCUGCCGACGGCGCCGGAAGUCAACCGCCGCCUCUCUCCUCGACCGAGCAUCUCACGCUGUUCGACCAAUGGCGGCACGCGAGCGACGUCUUCCGGCGACUGCCCGCCGCCAAGCGGGAGCGCAUGCAACUGCUGUGGCAGAACGACGACCUGUCGCCGUUCUUCUUCGACCGCUGGAACAGGAAGCUUCGGGUUUCGCAGGCCGCUCUGCUGAGCCCGCUCUACCAGCCGAAAUCCGCGGAGGUGCGAGCUGCCGACUACGGUGGCCUCGGAGCCGCCUUCUUGCUGCACGUUCUGCGAGCGUUUGAGCAGCCGGCUGCGGGCGUCGACGACGGCAUGCUUCCCCGGCUAGACUACGGCGCCGUGACGCAGAAGGCACGUGACCUCAAAUGCGGCGCCCGCUUUCUCGCAAACCUUCACGAGGUGGCCGCCCUCGGAAUAGCGUGGUACGCCAUGAAGAAGCGCGACGCGGCGACUACGGGACGCCAUUCGCCUGUCGUUGCCGCAUCCACGACGGAUGAACGCGGCCGGGUUCACACGUACACCUCGGACCAGCUGUUCUUUCUGGCACACUGUCGCAGCAGGUGCAGGGGACACCUUCCGAGAGAAAGCUUGCGUGGCAAGGAUUGCAACGUGGCUGUGCGUCACGUGCGGGGCUUCGCGAAGGCAUUUGGCUGCGUGCGUGGAUCGCCAAUGGCGCCAGCGAAUGAGUGCGUGGCUUCGGACUUCUUGUGAGCCGCGAAAUGAUCGGCUGCGUGAACAGCGCUUUUUUCCCCACUUUGUGCACACAUCCCGUCAUCUCACGCGCCGCGCGAAUGCUCUUUGUAUGUGUGUUCAAUUAGUUGAAUCGUUGAUUAUUUUUUACUGCUCCUGCGGAGGGACCCACUGAAACUCCGUUUAUUGAGAGACGCCUCAUUCACCUCAUGUUUGAUGCUUUCUAUGAAUGAACGCUUCCUUAUUCGUCUCAGGUGGUUGGAUUCGAAAUGACGUGGAUGUAGGUGCCCUGCUGCUACCGAGGCCAGUAGGCAGCAUCGUCUGCGUUCUAUAUUGACUGUUCCAGGUAUGUUUGAUGCAAGGUGGCGACGGACAGACUUUUUUGACAAUUUGGUUUAGCGUAUUAGUCACGUAAAGCGAGGACUACUACUUGCGAGCGACGCUGGGAAUGUUUUAAAGAAACGACAGUGUCCAGGCGACCACAACAUUAAAGAGAAAUUUGUUUUUGCAAAUAGUGCAACGUGGAAUGCAUGUGCACGCCAGUGACAUUGAAUAGGACCAAUGAAAGUUCUGUUCGAGAACGUGAAGUUGGCCUCGUUGGUUUGACAUAAACACUGCAGCAACAGGACCGAAGAGAAACAAAGCAAAACCUGCGCUGUAUUGCUUUGUCUUUCAUCGGUCCAGUCGCUGCACUUUUACUGUUGUUUUUUAUGCGAA